UCGGCAACAUGUAACACAAAUUCAGGAAAACACCCAAUCCGGAGGACCUUUGUUGCUCUCUUGUUCGUGUGCACGGAACAAUUCUUUCAGGAACACAACAAAUGCUGCGUUUUAUAAUCUUAUUGGAGUUCUGGUCACUCUCAAGGAUCAUCCUUAUUUUAUAAAAUACAAGUUGCAACACCUAAAAAUAUGGAGACUCUUCCUUGUAUAAAUAAAGGUGAUCCUCGUCUAAAGCUGAAAGUGGAGAAUAGAAUGAAAAACAUUUUUGUAACGCAAUUUGAGGAAACUAGACAAGAAGAUGAAAAUGUCAAUCACAUACCUGUUAUAACAGAGACCGCUAGCAGAGUCCUGGAGACAGGAGUGAACACAUUACAGAGAACCCUUGUCCUGAAGAAGCAGGUGGAGGUGGAUGAAGUGGAUAGGCAGCUGGCACAGAAACGACAGGAAUUCAAAGGCCGCAUGCAGGCCCUUGCACAGAGGAAGGCAGAGCUAGAGCUGAAACAACAGGCGACUAAAGACAGAGCAAAGAAAUUUGAGAAGUUUGUUGAGGACAAUGAGGUAAAGCGCCGUCGGGCCCUGAAGAAGUACCAGGCAGCGAGGAAGCAGAACGAUCUGAAGCAGAACGAGAAAGAGGAGUUCACUGAACAGCUGGAAAAACUGCAGGCCAGGCAGCAGUAUUUAAAGGACAGGGUGACCAAGUAUAAAAUGUACGAAGACUACAUGAUGAAAAUGUUAGAUUUUCUCCCGGAGAAUUACCUGGAGUAUGGGGCAGACUCCCUGGUGAUGCCCAUCAUCCGGCGCCAUGAGACCCUUUCGCUCACGCAUCAGGACCUGGUGGAGCGCCUGGGCCAGCUGGUGGAAGAGCUGGAGCAGGGCCAGCGCAGCCUGGACAGCCUGAAGCAGGAGCACAACACCAACAAGCUGAUGAUGAACAGGGAGCUGUCUGAACUGCAGACCCAAUGGGACAGAGCCAAGGAGAAGAACAACCAGACUGAGAUGAAACUGAUGAUGCACCAAGGCCAGUCCAGAGACCAGGUUGAGGAAGUGGGUUGCCUGCUGAUAGCUGUGAAGAACCUUGCAGAGCAGUGCUACUUACAACACUAUGGGCCUCUGGAAGAGAUAGACAUGCUGACAAUGAUGGAUAUGGUAAAGGAAUACAUUCUGGAGAGGUCAGACAUUGAGAUGAGAGCAACACGACUGAUAGACUCAGGCACCACAUUGACGAGUGCCACAGAGCACAGAGGAUCACUGAAAAACAUUAACAGUAAAACACAACUGAAGAGCCCCAGCAAGACCAGUGGGAGGAGUGGACUGUCUAGUUAAUCAAUGCCGAACAGACCUUUCACGAGUUUGUGGAGAAACACACAAAUACAACCAUGUAAGUGCACGCACGCACGCACAUGCAUACGGACACAGUAAAGGAUGUGAGUGCAAUAUAAGUUAUUCAACUUGUUGUAAUAGUGUUAUAAUUGUAUAGUUCUUUGCGGUGAUAAGUUAAAGUUGCUGAUGAAGGAAAUUGCCGUGGUUGCAGUUCCAAAGAAGUUGUACAUGCAUUUCUCAUAUAGCCUAAUAGGAUGAAUUCAAAUAUUCAUUUGUUUGCUUGAUUUAUUUCAUAAUAUUACAAGUUCUCUUUGAAAUUAUGAAUAUAUACAUUUGAAGAUGG